AUGAUGACGAAGCCCUACGACGAGACCCUUAUUAGCAAUGCAAAAGAACAAGUAAGCCAGUCUAUACCUCCCACCGACGACAAGCUUUUGAUCGACGGUGGUGCCACUGUCAACUACUUCUAUUCUACGGCACGCCAUCGCCUCACUAAAAUUGAGACUGGCACCUUUCCGCUACAGCUCGCCGACGAAUCUACCACCACAAUCAACGAGAGAGGCAUAUUUCCUAACAUUGGAUUGACCUAUACUACGAUGACCUACGACGAGUUCCACCGUAACAACGGCCAUUUGAGCCGCCGCGCUAGGAUUAACCUCGCCAAGUCCUGCAACAUAUCCCUCACGCACCAGCCAUCGAUCCGUGUGGAUACCAAUGCCUGGAUGCUGAACCCUGACAAAUGGCAAAAGGCCAUUUCGCACCUCAACUGGGUCCCCACUAUAGACAUUUGUGUUGCCAGUAAAUCAAAAGCACAAAUCCCACUAUUUGUAGGUCCAAAAGGCGUUGGCGUUUACACGGACUGGCGUGAUGUCGAUUCUCUCAAUGAGAAAGCACACGGCAACCCCGGAAUGGACGGACAUUUACGAACUUACCGUGAACUGCGUGCUACACCAUUGCACACACUACAGAUAAACUCCACGAUUGAAUGGCAACACGCCACACUCAACAACCUCGUCCGAUGUCUUCUCCUUGAAACUGGCAUGUCCAUCCCACUCUGGGGCAUCGCGAAAGACUUUGCCGACACUCUGCGUAACUGCACCCCACUUAAGGCUACUCAACUCUCUCUCCGCAACGCAUCUGGCAUCAACGGCCUGACCCGGGUACUAAAUACCAAGAUCAAUGUUACAAAGGGGGGUGGCCCAGCCUCGUCAUGGCCAUGCCUAUUGAAUACUCUAGCAACCUUCGGCACUAUGAUUGGGUCGUCAGCCAGUAAAGGUACCAUUCGUGCAAACCAAGUUGCAUCCGGCCAGUAUGGACAGACCAAUGAGCACCAAGCCGCCUCUGCGGUUACUUUAGCCACAAAUGCCGACAAUAGGGUUUUAGGAUAA